AUGGGCUCGUGUGCUUCUUCUCAAAGCCAAAACACCACCAAACACCACGCAUCAUCACCAUCGACGAUCAAGGUAAUCCACUGCGACGGGAAGCUGCUGGAGCUGAAACAGCCAACCAAAGCCAGUUACAUCAAAACCCAGAAUCCAAACUUCUUUCUCUGCAGCUCAGAGUCGAUGUCCGUUGGCACGUACGUUCCUGAGGUAUCAGGUGAGGAAGACUUGCAACCGGGUCAAAUUUUCUUCCUUUUGCCACUUUCCCAAGCCCACAAGCCUCUCUCCCUUCCUGACUUGUGUGCUCUAGCCGCCAUGGCCAGCUCUUCCCUUGGCAAAGCUAGCAAGUUACCGUUGAGUAGUGUGUUCUAG